UCUUCUCUCGCUACCACCAAUUCAACCCACUGCCUCUUCCCCCUCCGCCUCGGACCUGCUGGAGUCACUGCAGUGAAUCCGUCGACUGAAAGACUGAGAAGGAAAAUCCGAGCGAUUCCGAUCGCCGACUUUGCUCAGAAAAAACAACCGACAGCACAAAAGCAGACCCAUUAAAUUUAGUAGGAUUCUGUACAAGCCGCAGAAGACCCGACCGACAGAAUGGGAAACGAGGCGAGUUAUCCCUUGGAGAUGUGCACACACUUUGACGGUGAUGAGAUUAAAAGACUAGGAAAGCGGUUUAAGAAACUCGACCUGGAUAACUCUGGUUCUCUCAGCGUGGAGGAGUUUAUGUCUCUACCUGAGCUACAGCAGAACCCACUGGUGCAGCGAGUCAUCGAUAUAUUCGACACAGACGGCAAUGGAGAAGUGGACUUCAAAGAAUUCAUUGAGGGCGUCUCUCAGUUCAGCGUCAAGGGCGACAAGGAACAAAAGCUCCGCUUUGCAUUUAGGAUAUAUGACAUGGAUAAGGAUGGCUACAUAUCCAACGGAGAGCUGUUCCAAGUGCUGAAGAUGAUGGUAGGGAACAACUUAAAAGACACUCAGCUUCAGCAGAUCGUCGACAAAACUAUCAUCAAUGCAGACAAGGACGGAGAUGGGAGGAUAUCAUUUGAGGAGUUCUGCGCUGUGGUUGGCGGCUUAGACAUUCACAAAAAAAUGGUGGUGGACGUGUAAAGAGAUGGACAGGCCCUUCACCGAACACCCUGUUUUUCACUGCCUGUGAAUCAGCUGCAGAUGUUCCGCUAACACGCUCUCUCUCUCUCUCUGUCGCUCUUUUUCUCUCUCUCAAUGGAAGUAUUUCUCUGAAUGAUGUCUCUGUUCACGCCUGUACUUCCUGAGCCUUGUGACGUCUGCCAUCAUAAGUGUUAUAGAGCACGAGAGUCUUCUGUCCAAAUUCUCGGGUAUAUAAGGACAGUCGGAGAGACGACUUCUGUUUAUUGCCGAGCUAUUCAGUUUGAUGGUGAAGAGAGGAGAGUGUGUGUGUGUAUGCAUGCAUUAUUGUGUGCGUGUGUUCAAGUGUUUGUGUAUGCAUGCAAGUUCUUUUAUUUUUUUUUAUUUUGGUCCUGUCUUUUUAAAAAUGCAUUAGGUCUACAGGGAAUACGUGUAUGUGAGCAAGAUAUAUGACUUGAGACUCAGUGCAAAACGCUUCAAGCAUGAAGUGCCAAUGUAAACACGUGGGAUUUAAUAAUAGCUGAUAUUUAAAUCACUAUCUGAUGUUCAUGUAAUAGGGAGAUUCAAAAGAUACACCAACACAAGGUUAUUAACAGGCUUAUUGCUUUUUUCCCAAACAUUUUGAGAAAAAAGAAUUUUGGUUUGCUUCUGAUCUGAUUGCUUCUAAAAAAAAAUGCUGAUUUGAUUAAGAUUUUCUACCGUGUGUGUGUGUGUGUGUGUGUGUGGUAAUAUUGUCAGGGAGUUCAUCUCAGUCUUGCUUUCUGAUAAAGUAGACUAGGAACAAAGCGAAUAUAUUUGAAGUUGUGCACAUAUAUAUAUAUAUAUAUGUAUGUAUGGUUUACUUCUAAGACUUUUAUUUGGGGGUUUGAAUAUUGUAAAGCAUUGUAAAGAUCUUAGUAGCUCAUAUUUGUAUCUUAGGGUUAUAAGAACUAAUUACGCGUUUUGUGGGUUUGGGAUUUUUUUAAGCUUUAAUCGAGUCCUUUCGCAGUACGUCAUCUAAAAUGUAUCAUGAGUAGACAAAACCAGAUCUGACUGACCUUCUGGAAUUUCCUCACAUCAAGUUUCUUUCUUUUCUUCUGUCAUUUCAAUUUAAAUGCAGAUUGAUGUGACUCAAUUGUUUAACAAAAGAGAGACCAAACUUAAUGCUGUCAAUACGGAUUAAUGAACACGCCACAUUUUCCCAUGCAAACCGCCAUCUGCCGCCAGCUGUUGCAAGGUGAUGGCUCUUAAAUGUCUUUCCCAAAGACCCCUGAGGUCUUGUUGGGUGCUUGCAUGAAACGGGAGUGUUUCGCUCUCUUUUUUGCUUUCUGUUGGGCAUGUAGAUCUGGUUUUAUGACGGGAAAGAACUACUGUAAAGGUUUGAAAUUCAGAUUUUGAUUGCCUAUAAACCAGCUAUGCGCUGUCGUAGACAUGUUAAUAAUGUUGCAUUUUAUUCUUCAUGAUCUGUGAAUACAGAUGACAUCCUCCUCCGCUCUGCAGUGGGUCAUUUGAAUUUUACAACUCUUCAUUUUCUAAUGCAACUAGCUUCAAAAUUUGAACACCUAGAAGACUGAAACCCCUCUCAUCUUCAGAGCAGGUUGUUUUCCUGUCAACCCUUUUUAAGUCCUUGAGACGGGACGGUGACAAAGCGCUAAAACUGGCAAUCUAGAUGGGUCAUAGUAGGCUCAAAUUGACCUACAUGAUUUGUGGAUUUUUUCACAGAUCAGUUUUUGUCUCUUAACCCUUUUUUGAGUUCUGGAGUCAACCGUUUACCUGUGUUAUAGGCUUUGAGCGGUCACAUUCUUGAAACCCGUGAUAAUUAUGAUAGAGAAACUCUGGUUUCACACAAAACUGGAUUUUUGAAAACUUUCACAUAUUGGUUUGACUCAGUUUGAUGGUUUCAUGCAUAUUGGCAUUGUGAAAAAUGUAUUUCUAAGCCAUAAAACCAAUAAACUUGACCAACUAGACGGGUCACACUAGGCUCAAUAGACCAUCCUGAUUUGUGAAUAUCUUGACAGUACAGUUUUUGUCAUUUAACCCUUUUUUGAAUCCUUGAGUCAACAGUUUAAGAGUUAUAGGCAUAGGGAUGUAAUUGCUCUGUGUUUUAGUCUUUGCCAUUCAUUACCUAUGGUGGGUCAAAAAUUACCUGGAGCACUACGAGUGUUGUCACGUGACUUAAACUCAUUGAAUACAGUCCAAUUUUUUUUGUGUUUAGAUGGCAAAUUAAAGAAAAUGUAACCAAGCCUUGGCCCACCGAGAUUAAUCAAAAUGAGUCCCAAACACCGCACAAGGGUUAAACUAAAUGACUAGCUAGUUGACGUAUCAUCCAUUUAAAAAUUGUAUUUGUCAACAACAAACCAAAGCCAUCAGACUUGAGUCUAGAGUGACCCGUCUAUGUGCCCAUUUAUUUAUUUAUUUGUUAUAGAGUUUUAGGUCUUUUGUCAUUUUUUUUGUCUUACAUCCUUAAUUUUUCACAAUGCCAAUAUGCAAGACACCAUCAAUCUGAGUCAAAUCAAUCUGAAAGUUUUCACAAAGCCUUUGACCUCUCAAAGCCUAUUACACAGAUUUUUUAGGUAAAGUGUUGAAUCCAGAAAUGUAAGUGCAGCGUAGUUCUAGCGGGAAGACUAGCAGCUGUACAUCAUCGCACCAUUAGCUGGGUAAUUCCUAGCCAAUCACAUGUAAGCCAUUGCUUUAUAAGUCGGCUCACAAUCUAUCACAUUGCUGUUUUAGUGUGCUAACACGGCACCCUCCUCCACCCCACCACCUCCUGUUGAGUCCCGUCCUGCAUGGGGGUAGGCUCCUCGACCCUGCCUCCUAUCUCCGGCAGGAUAUGACGGUUUCUAGUACAACUAGGACCGCCAGACGGGCCUAUGCCAAAGAGAGACAUUACUUUUCUGUUUUAUAUUCAUCAAAUAAAUGUCAACUUAAAUCUCACUCAAGUCUGCAAGUCUUCCUGAUAGAACUCAAAAACUGGUUAAGAGACAAAAUCUUCUCCAAUCAUCAAGAGGUAGAGCAGGAAGACACAAUAACAUGCGACCAAAUGUGAUUGGGAAAGUUUUCACAAAUCAGGCUUUAUCAAAUACAAGUGAAUUAGCAUCAACACAGACUGUGUGAUUGCUGGAAAUGUGAAAAGUGAAGAGCGCUUAUUUGUCACGUCCCGACUCGUGGGCUUAAAAAGGGCUGACAGGAAAACAAACUGCUGUGAAAAAAUUCACAAAUCUAACAGGUCAAGAUGAGAGGGGUUUCCAGUCUUCUAGGUGUUCAACUUUUGAAGCUAUUUGGAUUAGAAAAUGAAGAGUCGGCAAAUUUAAAUGACCGACUGCAGAGCGGAGGAUGAUGUCCUCUGAAUUCACAAAUCUUGAAGAAUAAAAUGGAACAUUAUUUACGUCUAAAUCAAAGUCUGAAUUUCAAACCACAAACUAUCUUUACCGAUUUGGGAAAAGAUUCUCUUGUUUACAUAAAAUCGUAAUAUUGAGAGAUUAUAAUCUGAAUGACAGUUACAUAUAAAUAUAUGGAUGUUGCCAAACUUGUGGUAAAUGUUUAAAUAUGUAAAUGAGUUUAACAGGAGUUUAUUCACUACAUUUAUCCAUAAUAAUAAUUAUUGUUGUUCUGAAAAGAAAUGUGUGAGUUAUUUAGGAUUGGUUUCACUCACAGCAAAACUUCAUUUCCCUCUCCUUGAACUGAUAAAAGGAGUAGGGGUUGUGUUUAUUUUAUUUUAUGUCUCUCUUUCAGUUCAUGAUUGGGUUGAAUUGUUUUGUACAGAAUAUGUCUUUAUAGUGCUCAUUGCUUUUGGUUUUGUAUUCCUUUAGCUGGGGUCAAACAGCCAUCUGUAUAACUUUGGCGUGGCCUCGGUGGGAGAGCGGGGUGGGGUUUCACUUUUAGGUCAAACAUUUUGUUUCUUAAUUUCUCUCCAUGCUGCGUCAUACACUGUGGAAACUAAUUGAAAUGUCUUUCAUGAAAAUGAGAAAUAAAAUAGUUGAGACUUGUUGUGCAAAACUGUUGUCCAUGCUAUUAUUAGGUUGCCAUUUUGGGAAAAGUAGGCAACAUUUAGAAGAUAAUGUCUCUAUCCUACAUCACAUGUAAAGCUCACAAUACACCAAUGAGCCAAAACAUUAUGGACAUUGCCCAAUUUGCUGUUUGUCCUGAGGGUGCCUCCAAAACAACUCUGACCCGUCAAGACAUGGACUCUACAAGACCCCUGAAGGUGUCCUGUGAUAUCUGGCACCAAGACGUUAGCAGCAGAUCUUUCAAGUCCUGUAAGUUGCAAUGUAGGGUCUCUAUGGAUCAGACUUGUUGGCCCAGUACAUCUCACAGAUGCUCAAUCGGAUUGAGAUCUGGGGAAUUUGGAGGCCAGGACAACACCUUGAACUCUUCAUCGUGUUCCUCAAACCAUUCCUGAACAACAUGUGCAGUUGGGAGGGUGUUUUUCCUGAACCGUCUGUGAGUAGUGCUGAUUUUUUAAACUGUUUUCAUGCUAAAUGGAUCUAAUUCUACAGUGGAAGACCAUAAUUAUUAGGUGAAACAUGUACAGUAGUGAGAUGAUUUAUCACGUUUUAAAUGAACUGUAUAAAGAUUUUCCUCUGUCCUGCAUUUCACUUUCUUUUGAGUGUCUUUGCAGAAUGUGCAUGUCUUCCCUUAUGGGGAAAUGGUGAUUUGGAAAAAGUGUGGGCAUUAAUUAAUUUUCAGUUAAAUGUAUUUGUACAGCUAGUGCUUUUAAUAAUACAUACUGUUUUAUAGUUGCUUUACAGAGAACAUUGAUUUUGUGUACAAUGUUUAUAAUGUAUGUCCUAAUAAA